AUGGUUCGUGGCGCCUUCUGGGACCUGGCUGUGAAUGUACGGCACGGGCACACAACAGUAGGCGAUGUUCGAGCCCUCAUAACCGCUGCGAAGGAAAGUGGCUAUCGAGGCAUUGCCCUGAACACGACAGUCUCGGGUCGUUUGGAACCCGGGCACGCCUGCAGCACUCGGGCGCUGGUCGUCGUGGACCCGGAGCUAGCAGGAACGCAAGCUCCACUUGACGCAACGUCACCAGUGAACACGGUCUUGACGCCGUCGUUUCGACCUGCGUUUCGGGUGCUUCACCGCCUGACCGUGCGCGUCCAGGAGGCAGCGGAUCUCUAUGUGUUCAACGCAGCGAACGAGUCGCUGCUGAGCUAUGAUAUCCUCGCUGUAGAGGUAUCGGAAGAGAAGUUGCUACAGCAGGCUAUGUUACUGGAUUGUAUUGAUCUGAUCAGUUUCCCAUCAGCCACGCGAGCUAGUUUUCAACUGAAACGCACGCAAGUGCAUGCAUGUGCCAAGCGCGGUAUUCUAUUCGAGUUAAGUCUAGCGUCGCUGCUGACGCGCGACCAGGUUGCGCGACGAUAUGCGCUUCAGAACAGCCGUACGGUGUGUCAAAGAACGAACCGUGGGUCGCGUUGUGUUUUGGUAUCCGGUGCAGAGUCACCGAUGCAGAUGCGGGGGCCCCUGGACAUGGCCAACCUCGCCUGUGUUCUCUUUGGCAUGUCCGAGGCGAAUAGCAUCGCUUCGGUGAGCAGUUUUGCGGAGUUUGUGAUCCGUCACGCGGAGUAUCGACGCGUCACUGGUGGCAAGGGUGCCUGCUGGAUCGGAAAGAUCGCAUCGCCAGAAGCGGUUCCGCGGAUGGAUGACACAGAAACCGUGCAAAACUCGAAAAGCGAGGAUCAUGGAUCCGCGUAA